AUGGAAGCUGUUUGCCAACCUCUUCAUAAUGCUACUUGUUUCGGUACAUCACUGCCAUAUGCAUAUACCUCUGUAGCAUUAGCAGAAGAUUCAGUUUCACACUUUGAUGUGCAGGAUAAUUUGGCACUUUGGCAAGGUUUAAAAAGUGUUCCUAGAUGCUGGGCGGUAGUGCAACCAUUAUUAUGUGCUGUUUAUAUGCCAAAGUGUGAAAAUGGAUCUGUCUACCUUCCAUCACAAGAAAUGUGCAACAUUACAAGAGGUCCUUGUAAAUCAGUGGAAAUCAAGCAUUCGUGGCCGUCCUUUUUAAGAUGUGGAGAUAAAAAGCUGUUUCCACCAAGAUGCAGGAACCCACUUCAAGAAGUAAAGUUCAACACUAGUUAUAAAUGCAUGUUACCACUUUUGGAAACGAGUCAGCCUUCUAACUGGUACCAUGAAGUUGAGGGGUGUGGAAUUCAGUGCCAAAAUCCCUUUUUUACUGCAGAAGAGCACAACAGCAUACAUCACUUGAUCAGCUUAAUAGCCCCAAUUUGUUUGGCACUUAAUGUAUUAAGUGUGGCUACUUUUUGUAUAAGUUGGAAAGCUGCCAACAAAUAUCCAAGCGUCAUAAUUUUUUACAUAAAUCUAUGCAUUACUUUUGCAACUCUUGGCUGGCUCAUUCAAUUUUAUCCGGGAGCAAGGGAAAAAAUUGUUUGUUUGCCUGAUGGAACUAUUCGUCUUCAUGAGCCAAGCUCUUUUAGUUGGUGCACAAUCACAUUUUUCUUAACGUACUACUGGCUCAUGGCUGCAAUAGUUUGGUGUGUAAUAUUGACGUUAGCCUGGCAUUAUGUAUUCAGACAAUCUGGUGCACCUAAGGAGUAUUUGGAGAAAAAAGCUGGCAUUGCGCAUAUAAUUGCAUGGUCUAUUCCUGUUGUUCUCACUGUUUGUAUUAUAGCAUCAACAGGGGUUCAAGGUGAUUCCAUAAGCGGGAUAUGUUUUGUUGGUUACAGUAAUAGUAACAUGAGAAUAAUUUUUCUUCUUGUUCCUGUUGGGCUUGCCGCACUAAUUGGUUUAGUCUGUCUCUGUUCAGUUCUUUAUACUCUGAUAAAGCUGAAAAUGAAUGGAUCAAAAGCGCAAGUCAAACGGAUACAACCAAUAAUCAUAAAGAUAGGCAUUUUUACUGUAUUUAUGGUGCUUUUUAUUGUUGGAACCUUUGUUUUUCAUCUUUACGAGUUUUUCAAUCAAAAGGAGUGGGAUGACAGUCUCAGAGAAUAUAUUGUAUGUCUGGCCAUGAACUCUGCACAAACACUUUCAAUUAUGGGUGAGUCGGCAAGCAUGAAGUGUGAGCUGAAAAGCAGGCCCAAUAUUGUAUGGAUUCGUCUCCACAUGAUGUGUUUUUUUGGUUUUGGAGGCUUAAUGACAGUUUUUGUCUGGACAAAACAAUCUUACGAAUACUGGAAGCAGUUUAGGAAUAGGCUUUGUGCACCUGCUGAAAAGACUACCUUUAAGGUGAAGCGACACCAGAUAGUAGCAAAAGCAUAUAAUACAAGAAGGGAAGCAUUCAACCAAGGGCAUCUUUCCUUCAGCCUUAAUAGCACACAUGAAGAUCCUAUUGGGAUGAAUCUGGAUGUCAACAGUGUUACUUCUAGAGACAUAUCAUCCUCUUGGGCUGCUGCCUUGCCACACUUUAUAAUGCGUAGAAAUGCUAUUACUGACUUUUCGUCAUUUGUACCAAUGCAUUGCUCUUCUGUAUCAGAUAUUAGUCGUCAUAUCUCAGUUGAUUCCUUUAAUCAACCAACUUUGGAUUCCCUAAGCAUGCAAAUGAGUGAACAGGAAUAUGCACAUGCUUUGAGACACCCACGACGGAAAACUCGAAAGGAGAGGGAGCGUUUUCUUCAUGCAAAUCGAAUUGCUCCCUGGUUUCCUGGUAGUAGACGAGGUAGUGACACAUCCUUGCACAGUUCUAUGAUGUCAGCAGCUCGUGGAGCUAAAGUAACUAAAGCCACCAGUACGGGUGAUUUAGGUGCUGAUGUGAUGCUUGCUGGUUCUGUAUUACCUCCUAUGCUCAUGCGUGGCGCUCCAUAUAGAAACACCAUACCCAGAGAGCCGGUGAAUCCGCCAUUUACUCAUGGUAUGACUGAUAACUCGCACAGAUUGGGCAACCAAAAUCCGUCUUCUGCUCUCGGUAGCAAUAAUAUAAGUCGAAGAUUAACACCGAAUUCAGCCAUUCCCAAUCCUUUGAUUGGAAUGCCUAGACCUCCCAUUUAUCCUCAAAACUACAAUUUUAUGAACUCAAUGCCAUUUGGGUACCUCAGUGGUGGUGUUUAUCCAUCUUUCAAUAAUAUGUUCCCGGGCUAUCCUGCCCCCCAGUUUAUGUAUCAUUCUUACAAUUCGAUGCCAUAUACACCUUUUGGAGACUUUCAGAAUACUGAUCCUCUUUUGAGUCAGUAUCAGGAUCCUUUAUUACCUAUGGAACCUAGAGAUGAUAGUGCUAGUGAAACUCCCUUUUUCCCCAUUAUCAUGUCCGAAAGUGAAUAUACUGACACUGGGUUCCGAUCGUAUGAUGAAUCACAUAUGUUUCCUACACAGCGAAUCAUUCCUGAGCAAGUUACUAACAACCCUGUUCAGUCUGAAGUGCAUCAACCAAAGUCGGGACUGGAACCGCAAGAAUGUGCCAAAACACAAUUUCUCAAAAGGAUGGGUUCUUUUAACUCUAAACCUCUCACAGCAAAAUCGCCUCAUCCUCCUUCUGGGAAAAAUUCACCGCCUCAUAGCGAGGUUCCACCACCAUCUCCAGCUCAGUCUACCAAGAGCUUAAACGAAGAUGAAUUAGAUGAUGUGUUUGAAGAAGAUUCUCAAAACGAUAAUAAUGUUUCUACUGUUUCGGCACCUCAAACUUCUGAGACAGAGACUCUCUUGGGAAAGCUAAAAUCAAAAUUCAAGCGUGCUACUUCACGAAAUUCGCAAGUUCAAGAAAUGCUGGAAUUGGCAGACAAACCAUGUGGUUUGUCGGUUGAACAAGUGCCUAGUGUAGAUAUGAAAAAUCGUCCUGCAUCUCGUAGAAACACACCUAAUGAAAAACUUUUACAAUCAUCAGAAGGAACUAGUUUGAUUGCAACUAAUGAAACAGGGGAAAAUGUAUCGAGAUGACAGGUAUGAGGCAGUGAGAAGCAAAAGGAUGUAAGUGGAUUUUUAUAAGUUUUGAGUAAAAGAUAUGCUAAGUUUUAACUAUAGGUAAGCUUUCAGUGAAAAGUUUUUCUUAAUCGUGUUGGACAACAGCACCUGCCAAAGGAUUAUUAUUAGCAUCUCUAGCCUCAAAACAGGAGAGAGAGAGUUUAUCCUACUAUUUGCACUAGUUAUCUCCAAAUUUUUAAUUUCGUCACUUACACCCCUUUGCUUUGAAGUGCAUCAUAUUCGAAUUUUACUCUGCAUGAUCUGAAUUUGAUUAGCAUUUGACUGGUUUCAGAAAAGUAAAAUAAUUUAUUAUUUAUCUCCUUUCAAGAAUCUCAUAUUGAAUGUAUAAACUUAUUUCAUUAUGUUCCCUUGUGACAUCAAUUUUAUUUCUAAAUAAUUAGUAUUUUAUUAAAAAACUAUUUGACUUGGCAAUUACAGGACUUUUAGCAGGCCCAUUAUUUGGGCGAUCAGAGGGUCGAUUGCCCCCCCCCCCUUCUCUUCCUCCUAAAGUUUGAAACAUAAUAAAUUAUGCAUUUUUUAUGUAUUUUGUUUUUUUCCCUAUAAAUUGUAUUGAAUGCAAAUCCUUUGCCCCCCACCCCUUUAUUGGAAAAUUUCACAUGACCGGCCUGGUUUUUAGAUGGUGGCAAAAAUUCCUUUUCCCCUUUUUAGUCCCAAAAGGUUUGUCUUUCAUGAACAAAUAGAAUUUUUAAAGUUUUAUCUAUUCAUCUUGUUCUUCUAUAAGUGAAUCUCAUUCUUAUAACAUUACGCAUUUGUUCCCCCUAUCAUUAUGCAUACAUUUGUACAUAAUGCAAUUUUUACAAUAGCUCAUUGCUCAUUCUUUUACAUGUACUUAAGCAGAGGUGCCAAACUGUCUGUCAUAAGGAUAGACUUAAUAUAUUGACAAUAAGUUAUAGCGAUAAAAUAUUUUUAAAGUAAUGUUUAACAAUGUAAAAAUAAUGCAUAAAAAGUGCUGCACUCAUUAUGCAUACUCCCACAAAAAGAUCAAUCAAUGAGAAGUUUUGUCUUUUCACAUUACUUAAAAGCUCAUAUUGUCAAGUAUGCAUUGGCAAAAGCUAUUUUAAAAAUCCUGCAGUGUGAAAAUUUGUUCAGAAAGAAGGCACUACAACAAGAUAGUCAAUAGUCAGGUAGUCAUUAGCACAGGUACUAUUCUGAAAAUCACUCUGCGAUUGACCUGUUAGUCACACCUUUUAAAUAUUUAACAUUCAAAUAUUAGUUAAUUCUAAUGCAUGAAACUAUAUCAAAAAGACUUAAUUUCUACAUUUCAUGGAAUUUACCACUAUAAAUUUCAUGACAGCUAAAUAUGUUACACUGCAGUUGAUCAAUACUCAUGCCAGUAUAUGAAAAUUAUAGUCUAUUUUUGUAACUAAAUGUUUUUUAAAAAACUUUUUAAAGAAAUAUAUGCAAAUUUUGGACACGUAUUAAAAAUUAGCUAUGCCUCUAAAGUGACCAAGACUGUUAUUUAUGCCAAUAUGUGGUAAAUAUUUUUUCAUAUAGUGAACAUUUUGAGAUGUUCUGUAAUAAAUAUGAAAUCUAUCAAAUUGUGCCUUAUAUUUCAAAAUGGAACAAUCAUACUUCAUUAUUUUGUUACAUACAUCUUGCAUUUCUCUUUUAGUGCUGCUUUCUAAAAUGCAAUGCAUUAUGAAAUUUAUUACAGUACUUAUGUUGUGUAUUAUAUACAAUUGUUCUUAUACACGUUUGAAAAUGACAAUUGUGUGCCAUAAUUUAUUUUUUGUACUGCUAUUCUGUAACAAUAAAGUUGGCAAAGUAUUGU